AUCUAAUCACAAGUUGAUCAUGAGGAAAUUGUAACGAUGUGGGACGUAAACUAUUAAAUAUCGACACAAACAAUCCUGAAUGUUGUUGACUGCAGAUUUUACAGCUGCUCAUUUUUCCACCAUCAGUUAAAGAGACUAAAGGGUUUUUUCAGUGGGACAAACAGAGAGAGAGACAGAGACUCUAACAGAGCAGCAGAGUGAAGGCAGGUGAUCAGAGGGAUGGAGGAUCAGUCAGUCUGUGACUCUGGGAAAACUUCACUUCCUCCAACAGCUGCAGAGUGAACACUGCUGGAUGCCCGAACACACACAUUACAUCUUCAAAGCAGGACUUUAUUCAUAAACUGAAAGCAAAGAAAUUUACAACACCUUCAGUUUAACCCUUCAGAGAUUAUUCUGGAAUGAAAAUAUGAUUCGGAUAAGGAUCGCCAUGUUUUACUUCUAAUAUCUAAUGGCUUUUUUUUCAAAUAAGUUUGUGAUUUUUGGACUGAAGGUUUAUUUUAAAAAUAUUAUUGUUUAUACAUCAACAUAGAAACUAUAAUGUUUAUACAGAAAUCUUAGUUCUUUCAGUUAAACCUCAUGUAAACCAUUUAUCUUAAAUUACUGACAGCAGUUCAGUACAAUACAGAAGUUUUAUGUUUUUCUUCAGCUUCCUAUGAAUUAUUAGAUCUAAUAUUUAUUUUCAUGCAAGUUGAAAGAAAAAUUUAUAACCUUUGAACUUUAAGUCACCAUAUGAACUUUUGAAAUAAACAUUCAGAAUCACGUUCCUACAAACCGGUUAUAAUAUCCUUUAUGAUCCUAUAUUGUAAUUUUUAUAGGUCAAGGCUAAAAUAACAAGUCUUAUCAUCUUACAUGUGAUAAAAUUAUGACAAUACUUAGCAAUAAAAAGUCUGGGCUCCUAUUUAAGUGUCAAACAGCAGAGUGGACCUCCAGAGACACUGAGGAUGGAAAUGAAAAUGUUUUUCCCGUUGCUGCUGCUAGUCUGCUCCGUCUCUACAGCUGAGCUGCAAGUUCAGUCUGACAAUGACAUUCUGUCACAUGUAAGACAAACUGAGGGAAAAGUGGAAGAAGCAGAGAGUCUGACUGAGCAGCAGACCUGCACACAGGACAUCAAUGCUGUUCUGAGAGAGAUGACCGCCUUGGUGGCUGCACUGAAGGUGGAGGUGCAGCACCUACAGAAAGACAAUGAAGCACAAGAAACUCAGAUCAAAGAACUGCAGGAUCACAAUCGAGUUCAGGCAGCAGAACUGGCUGCUAUUAAAGUCAACGCUGAAAACCAAGUGGAGGCUCUGAAGAGAGAAGGAGAAGCCAAACAACUGGCUUUCUCUGCCUCUUUGUUGGCAUCGGGUCAAGAAUACACUGGACCGUUCAACACCCAUAUAACUCUGAUCUUCAGAAAUGUUGUCACUAAUAUUGGGAAUGCCUACAACCCAAAUACAGGACUGUUCAUUGCACCAGUUAGAGGAGUUUAUCACUUUGACUUCCACAUAUAUGGAGGUGGUUCUACUACUAAUCCUACAUCUGCUGUGUUGGUGAAGAACGGAGAGCAAAUCUGUGUAUCAUGGACACGUCAGCCUGCUGGUGGUCAGAAAGCUUCUAAUGGCGUCUCACUGCUGUUAGAAAUUGGAGAUGUUGUAUUUUUGCGAAUGAGGGCCAAUUCAAGGAUUUAUGACAAUACAGAUCAUCACACUACCUUUAGUGGUCAUUUACUUUUCACCAUGUAAGCAUCUAACAUGAUUUUUAAUUACAAUCUGUGACAUGAGCACAAUAAACAAACAUCUGCAUCAAAAAUUCAGUUAUGGAAAUGAUUAAUUUGUAAAAUAACAGAGUUGAUCACAGUUUUGUUAAAUGUGUCGUUUGAUUUGUAUUUGGGAUUUUAUUUUAUUCAUUUAUUUAUUUAUUUUUUGCUGUAGUUUAAGUCUAAAUUAGGACAUAAAAGCUGAACAAGAUCAUCUGAUUUAAAGUGUCAUUUACAACUUUUAUGAAAACUGCAGGAACAAACUGUCUAUUUGAACCACAUUGUUUCAUUUUCUGAUUAAACAAACAGUGGAAACAGUAAUAAGGGAUUUCUUUCAAAUGUGUGUAUAAUUCAAGUCAAUUCC